AUGGAAUUAGUGAUGUGUGUUUUAGGUUAUUCAUACGGAGCUGGAACACUAAUAAAAUAUCUCGGUGAACAAGCUGAUCACUGUCGGUUAACAGCUGCAAUUAGUCUAUGUGCGAGCUAUGAUUAUAUUGCAACGACGAAUGGCCUGGAAAAAUGGUUUAAUUUGAGACUUUACAAUAAAGCAUUAACUGAAACUUUACUCGGUUAUCUCAGAACUCAUGAAAGUCAGUUGAAAGACACGACAUAUUUAAAUCUAACUAACGUUUAUAGGGCUCGUACGAUCCGUGAAUUUGAUAUUGCAACAGCAGUACCACUGUUUGGCUAUGAAGAUGUCCUUGACUAUUAUAAAGAAUGCAGCUCAGGUCCGUGGAUUCAACAUAUCAGAAUACCAACUCUGAUUUCAUCGACUAUUGACGAUCCCAUUUGCGUUAUUGAAGGGCUCCCUUUAUCAGCAGUAAGAAAAAAUGAACAUGUCAUUGCUGUACUCACAAAAGAAGGCGGGCAUGUUGGCUGGUUAGAAGGAUGGUGGCCAAGAAAAUAUACUUGGGAAAAUAGAGUUGUGGUAGAAUAUAUUAGAAUAAUAAUGAAAAAAAUCCACUAUGAGUGGAAUAUACAUAGUGAUCGAAAUGCUGAAGAACUAUCUGUUGAAUAUUCGGUGGAUACGUUUGAAAUUACAUUAUAA